AAUAUCUUAAUUAUAAUCCCUUACCAGCUAACCCCCACAAAUCGUUCGAGGGAAUGCUUAUUGUUGGCCAUCUCAUGUUCAACACACAUGGCUGCUGUAAACAUAGAAAUGCAGCAUGAUAGCUUCUAGCUAACGUUAGCUGUCAAACUAUUUGUCUAGUGAAAUAAGAGUGAAACAAACGUGGUUGAAGAUCGUUUAAUACUCAUAUUGACAAGCCUGUCUUCUCUCCAGCUGUGACUGCGAUGGAGGAGGUGUCUCUGAGAGUGCUGCCAAUGGACCCAGCAGACCGGGGAACCCAGAGGGUCAGACUGGGCCCAGGGCUGAUGUCCUCCCUGGGGUUGGGGCUGGGCUCUCCUGUUCUGGUGUCUCUGUCUGGAGGGUCCUGUCUCUGUACUGCCUGGUCCAGGCCUGACCUGGCUGACGGAUUCAUACAGAUAGACAUGAAAUGUUGUUCUUCAAAUCUUAUCUUAAACAAAGCUACACCCACGCACCUCAGUCUACCACUAACCCCCAGCCCUAACCCUAGCCCCAGCUCUAGCCCACUUCCCCCAGCCCAUGCCUAAGUCCUAGUCUCACCCCAGUCUCCUGCCCCAAGCUGAAAGGCAUCCGAAUAACAGUGGUGGUUCAGAGUGUGGAGUUCCGGAAAACCACCCCUCCCAGUUUCAUCCAUGAACUAGUGAAGGACAUGCUGAAAGGGACAUAUGUCCACCAGAAGCACGUGAUAGAUGUGGGUGACUAUGACACGGACAUUAAACUGAUCGUCAUCGAGAGCCUGAACCCAGAGUCCACCGUGACUGGUUUGGUUACAUCUAAGACAGGGGUGGAAAUAACAGGGACGAGGACCCUCCAGUAUUACAGAGGACAGCUCCAGGAGCAGCCCCAGGUCCUACUGGGAGGACUGGAAGAGGUGUCAGCGUCUCUGAGAGAGAUGUUGCACCUGCCUCUGCAGUACCCUGCUACCCUGGGCUCCCUGGGUCUUUCCUGCCCCAGAGGAGUGCUCCUUGCUGGGCCGCCGGGGGUCGGAAAGACCCUGCUGGUCCGCUGCCUGGUGGGGGAGGUGGGGGCCAGCCUGAUCACAGUCAGAGGACCAGAGGUAGUAGGGUCUCGGCCAGGGGAGAGUGAGGAGAGGUUGCGGGCGGUGUUUGGUCGGGCGCGGGCAGCGGCAGAGGAAGGGCCUUGUGUGUUGUUCCUGGAUGAGCUGGACUCACUCUGUCCCAGACGGACUGGAUCCUCCGCACCCGAGAACCGGCUGGUCGCUCAACUGCUCACGCUCAUGGACGGCAUGGACCAAUCAGAUCACUUCCUCAUCGUAGGAGCCACUAAUCAGCCGGACAGCUUGGACCCGGCGCUACGGAGGCCCGGGAGGUUCGACAGAGAGGUGGUUAUCGGUGCCCCCACAGCACAGCAGCGGUUGUCCAUCCUGUCAGUGCUGUGCCAGGCCAUGCCAGUGUGUGUCAGUGUGGACUGGGCAGAGCUGGCCCAGAGGACUACAGGAUAUGUGGGUGCUGACCUCAGUGCUCUCUGCCGUGAGGCUGCCAUGCUGGCUAUACGACACAACACACCGGGUUCAGGGGAGCAGACUAUCACCAUGGAACACUUCCUGUCUGCCCUGAAGACUGUCCGUCCAUCCUGUCUGAGGGGCAGUCUGGGACGGACAGACCUCCCAGCCGUCUCCUGGGAACAGAUAGGAGGCCUGGAGGAAGUCAAAGUCAAACUACAACAGAGUAUAGAGUGGCCAAUGCGUUACCCGGAGGCGUUUGUGCGUCUGGGUCUGUCCCGUCCCAGGGGGGUGUUGCUGUACGGUCCCCCAGGCUGUGCUAAGACCACCCUGGUCAGGGCUGCAGCUACCUCCUCCCAUUGCUCCUUCCUGUCAGUCAGCGGGGCUGACCUCUACUCUCCAUAUGUAGGAGAUUCGGAGAAGGCCCUGGCUCAGCUCUUUCGUCAGGCGCGGGCCUGCGCUCCCUCCAUCCUGUUCCUGGAUGAGGUGGACUCUCUGAUUGGCUCCCGGUCAGAAGGCCAUGUCCCUCAGAGUGCCCAGACCCGCCUCCUGUCUGUGCUGCUGAAUGAGCUGGACGGGGUAGGCUUUAGGACCCUGGAGAGGAGAGGAGCAGGGAAGACCCUACAGGCUGAGGGGGUGGAGCACCACCAGCAACAGGAACAUUUGGAGUACCAGGAGGUGUGUAACAAGGAAGUGAUGAUCGUAGCGGCCACUAACAGACCAGACUUUCUGGACAGUGCCCUCCUAAGGCCUGGAAGACUGGACCAGAUCAUCUAUGUACCCCCACCUGACUUACAGGCGCGUGUGUCCAUCCUGCAGGUGUGUACAGAGAAGAUGCCUCUGGAUGAUGAUGUGUGUCUGGAGGAGCUGGCUAGACACACUGACCUUUACUCUGGAGCAGACCUGGAGAACCUGUGCAGAGAGGCAGCUCUGUUGACCCUCCAGGAUGAAAGUAUGGAAGCUUCUAGUAUCAAACACCGAUACUUCCUCCAGUCUUUACAGAGGAUGACUCCUUCUCUUUCGACCCAGCAACUACAGACAUACAAAAACCUCUUCAGAUGACCAACUAUAGACCCACCCCAUCAGAUGAUGCCUUGGAAAAUAAAAAUGUCAUUGUUUCCUUUC